CCAGGACACACCCCCUCAGUGGCUUUCCCGGGAGGAAGGGCACCGUCCAGUCGCUUCCUCCCUCCCCUUCUCCUCCCCUCCCCCACGCUGCGGGGCUUCGCGAUGCCGAGACGUUUCUCUCUGUGCUUCUGGGGGCUGGUGUUAAACUGCUCCGUCCCCGACCUCUCUCGCUCCUUAACGUCCCGCUAGCGGCGUUCGCAUCUCCGAGCGGGCGGUGACAGGUUCCGUUAUCCGGCUUCGCCUCCCUUCUACACGGCGGGGGGCGGACAGUAACCGAGGGGAGGCUCGUGGCGAGGGAGCCCCGCGACCUGAAGCGUCCAUGAAAACAGGCGUGUAGCGCCCUCCCCAGCGCGCGAGACUGGCCGGCUGCCCUCCGGGGCGAGGCGGUGUCCGAGGGGACAUGCUCCCCUACACCCUGCAAAAGAGCCGGACGACGGCUGAGUACCUCGCCUCUUCCGGGCUAACUAGCGAGGCGCGGGCGGGCUGAGGCCUGGGGCGCGCUGAACGCUGCGAAACAAACGAGCGAGACCUUGCAUCGCGCGCAAAAACGGGGCUGCGGGGGGCUGAAGAGGAAAGUGAUGGGCACGGGAUCGUUUUCCUCUUCACCGUUCACUCUCUUUACUCGCACUGCCGGGAGGAUUCCGGAUCCACAAAACAAACGAUUCUUUUUGGAAAAUGCCAAACAGAAGAUUUGCGACUGGUGAGGUGGUGAUGGGUCGUUGGCCAGGAAGUGUCCUCUAUUAUGAAGUACAAAUAACUAGCUAUAAUGACCUCACUCACCUUUACACUGUUCAAUACAAAGAUGGAACUGAGCUUGAGUUGAGGGAAAGCGAUAUAAGGUCUGUAUCAUCAUUUAAACCUCGAAAAAGCAAUUCUUCCUCAAGUUCUCCUUCCAGACGCAGUGGUAGCAGAUCCAGAUCUCGUUCUCCUGGUCGGUCAGCAAAAGGCAAACGUCGUUCUUCCUCCCAAAGCAGAGAAUCUAGAGAUGAGAAAAAGAAAACAAUUCGGGAAACUAACUUAACUCUUCUGAAACUGAAUGAGAACAACACUAGCAGGUAUAAUGGUGAACCUGAUAGUACAGAAAGGAAUGAUACUUCCUACAAAAUCUUACAGAAAGUUGAAUCAGAGCUAGAAAUUGGGCAUAUGCUUGACAAGUACACCUUACAUCCAAGAAGACACAAGAAAAAGGAAGAAAUAUUUUUGGAAGAGAGAGUUUUUGAGACAGCAAAAACUACUGAAAAAGUAUCAACAGAAACAAAGGAGCUAGAGUUUGGUGGAAGAAUUGGGGCCUUUUGCAUGAUCUUUUUCCUGCCUGCCACUGUAUUUUAUUUGCUGUUGAUGUGCAAACAGGAAGACCCCAGUGUUAUGAACUUCCCUCCUUUGCCAGCAUUUGACAGUUUAUGGGAGACCAGAGUGUUUGGUGUCUUUCUUCUGUGGUUCUUUCUUCAAGCUCUGUUUUCAUUACUGCCAGUUGGAAAGGUUGUAGAAGGAAUGCCACUUGUGAAUGGAAGAAGGCUGCAGUACAGAAUAAAUGGAUUUUAUGCUUUUGUCCUGACUGCUGCCGCUGUAGGAAAUUCUUUAUAUUUUGAAAUUGAGCUUCAUUAUUUAUAUGACCAUUUUCUGCAGUUUGCAGUCUCUGCUUUGAUUUUUUCUUUAUUGUUGAGCCUUUAUCUCUAUGCCCGGUCCCUGAAAGCACCUAAGGAAGAACUGUCACCUGGUGGAAAUUCUGGGAACUUUGUUUAUGACUUGUUCAUUGGACGUGAAUUAAACCCUCGCAUUGGAAAUUUUGACCUCAAAUACUUCUGUGAGAUGCGUCCAGGCUUAAUUGGCUGGGUUGUUAUUAACUUGGCAAUGCUGUUGGCUGAGAUGAAGGUACAGGAUCGUAAUGUGCCAUCUUUGUCAAUGAUACUGGUUAAUAGUUUCCAACUUCUCUAUGUGGUGGAUGCUCUUUGGAAUGAGGAAGCUAUUUUGACUACAAUGGACAUUACCCACGAUGGGUUUGGUUUCAUGCUAGCAUUUGGAGAUUUGAUAUGGAUUCCAUUCGUCUACAGUUUACAAGCCUUCUAUUUAGUCAAUCAUCCUAGUGAAAUUUCUUGGCCUAUUGCUUCUGCAAUUAUUAUUCUGAAUAUCUUUGGGUAUUACAUUUUCCGUGGUGCAAAUUCACAGAAAAAUGCUUUUCGGAGGAAUCCAAAUGAUCCCAAAUUGGCUCACUUGAAAUGUAUUCCCACUGCAGCUGGAAAAAGUCUUCUGGUCACAGGCUGGUGGGGCUUAGUUCGUCACCCUAACUAUCUAGGUGAUAUUAUGAUGGCUCUGGCUUGGUCCCUACCAUGUGGUUUUAAUCAUAUUUUGCCAUAUUUCUACGUGAUUUAUUUCACCUGCUUGCUUAUUCAUCGAGAAGCUCGUGAUGAACAUCAGUGUAAGAAAAAAUAUGGCUUGGCAUGGGAAAGAUACUGUCAACGUGUACCAUACCGUAUAUUUCCAUACAUCUACUAAGGUACUCCAGGAACUUGUGUUGCAAACUACGUCUGCAGUUACACAUUCUUUGCAAAUAAAAACAUGCCCCAUACCUUUGCACUUGGUCUGUUUGAUCACAUCUUUACAAAAAGCCUAAAAAUUUAACAAACAACGUAGUGAACAAACAAAUAUGAUUAUUAGACAGCAGUCUCCAAAUAUUUACCAACUAGUCAUUUUAAGCUGCACGGUGUAUUCAAUUAGAAUAAACAGUUACUUUGUGAUGUAUGAAUAAGUAAAAGAUAAGGAAAUACACAGUUCACAUAACUCACAUAUUUAACUGACUUUCAGUAUUAUCCCUGAGAAAAUGUGCUCUCUUUCCCUCCCCCUACUCCCACAAAACAAAACAAAACACACACAAACUGUAGAGUGCAAGGCUUAGGGAUUUACAACCCAGUCAAAAUUGUAAGGUUUUGUGAGCUUCUUUUUAUUCUUGCGGACCCAAUUUUUUAAGUUAAACCUUAAUCUACUGAGUUUACAUUUUUUUUUAGAAAAAGUUCAUUUAAUUGAGCACUGUGAUGUGAUGUAGGUUUUUGUUAUGUUAAGGGAAUACGAUUUCCAUCCAGCUCACUCUUCUUCAGUCACUUGCUGGUUCCCAGCGGUGAGGAGCUAAAAACCAUAAUCCUGCAUUCAGUGAUAAAUGGAAGGUAUUAUAAGGUGUAUAGUACAUGCUAUGAAGUAAAUUAGCUACAGUGUGUUUGCUCUGAGUUUUGUAAAAUAGUUCUUAAUGUACCAUAGGAUCCAUUGACUGUAUUAUAAAACCUUCACGUUUUUCCUGUACAGUGUUUGAGAAUGUGAGAUAAAUAGCUUUUUUAGGAACAGGGCAAAACAAACCAUUUCCAGUAUUAUUUUUUUUUUUUAAAGUUCUUAAGGAUUUUGUAAAGUGAUGUAUUGAUUGUCUUGAAAAUUAAUUGAAGUAUUCAUUUAAAUAUUGUUGACAAAUAUGCUAUGAAAAUGUAGAAAAUAUAUUCACUCCAAAGUUUGUGAAUCUGGCAUUACUACCUCAAAUGUAGGUUUUGCCUUUUAUACUGUUGCAAAUAGCAAAGUUUUUUCAAUAUUUCUAUUUAAGUCAAUUUUUACAUGAAUCUUUGUCACAUUCUAAUAUAUUUUUGUAUAUAUUCGACUUUUUUUAAUCUAGUGUAUAUAUAUUUUUAUCUACUUCUGUCAGUUAUGUUCUUUAUAUCCCAAAAAUGGAAUUCUAUUCCACUGCAAAGGUUUAAUUUGUAUUUGAUUAACUGUAAGUGGGUUAAUUUAAUAAGGCUGAGAGAGUGCUGAGAUAAUUUUGCAUUAAUGAACCUUGGGGAACUAGUUUUGUCCUGCUUGUCUUUCAGUUGGUAGCUUUUUUUCAGAUACAAAAAUUUAGUAAGUCAUUGAGCUUGAAUUUUAAUUGCACUGUGGAGGGAAAUUCGGUACUCCAUAGUCAGGGUUCCUAUCAGACUACAAUUCUUAAAAAUGUUGAAUAGUUGGAUGUUUUAAAAAUAGUGAUAUAAUUGAAAAGCUAGUGUUUGCUUUUUUUUAAAAUGCACUGAGUCAUUUUAGUGAAUAUAGCAUAACUUGUUCAACAUGAUCAUGACAGCUUCAGCAGGUCCAUUGGUUGCUGUUGUAAGGAGAAUAUUUUAACACCAACUAUUUUGAUUUCUGGAAAAAAACGUGGUUAAAAGUACCACUUUUUAAAAUGAGGUUAAAUUAUGCUACUGAAAAAAUAAACUAGCAACCUUUCUACAGUCUGCAUGCCAUUCUUUGGAGACAUGGGUAUAUAUCAACUGCAAUUCUAAGAGGUGAAAACAUUAUCUAAAAGUUGUAUCUGUUCUGUAUGCUCAUAUUUUUGAUGUAAAAUUGAUUAAGUAGCAUUUUAUACAAACAACCUGUAAACUGAAAUAAAAUUGUUUUUAAAAGUG